AUGGCGCGGAUUGUGACCGUGCUGUGGCGAUCUGGCCACCGCGGACAGUCCGCCUCCACCGCGUUUGUCUCGCUCGCCUUUCUCGCCGCCUCCCCCAUCUUCGGCGCUCUGCUCUGGCUCUCGCACACCAUCAAUCCGGGCCGGUGCCUCCUCCCGGCCGAGCGCAAGAUCCUCUCCUCGGGCGUCUGGGCUGCACUAUCAGAAGCUGCACACGCACAGGCAGCAACCGAGCUCGCGGAAAACGGAACAGAAGCGACCGAGCUGACCGAAGGCAGGAAGAGGAGCAAGAAGAGCAAGAGCGGCGGGGCGCUGCGCGUAAGAGACUUUGAUCCACAGGUGGUGGUGGGCAUCCGCCGCGAGGCGUGGAUCCCUUGCGUGGUCCACGAGCUCGACGAUGUUGUGUGCGACGAGGAGGCGUUCGUACGCCUUCUCAACCGCAUGCGCAUUCACCAGGGCCAUUCACCGCUGUCGUGGAUGAUGUGCGUGUGGGACGCGUCGACCUACGGCUUUUCCCUUGCCCACCACAUCCACACCUCGUACCGCCGUCCAGGCACCACCACCGCUGCCUCGUCCGCCAGCCGCUCCGUCCGCCUCACCGCAGAGACUCUCCGCCAUGAGUUUGUCCACUCGCUCCAGUCGCUGGCCACAUCCCGCGGCGAGCUGGAGCCCUUUCUUGCUGCCUAUGUCGGCGAGAUCCUCUUCCUCGCCGCCACCGCCUGCUUGUUUGGCUCUGCCGUCGACCUCUACCACGGCCUCUCCUUUGAGAUCCAGGCCUACGCUCUGGAGGACCUCCCAUGA